AUGGAGACUGUUGGCAUAUUGGUAUUCUACAACGGAAGCUGGGUUCACAAGGAUAACAUUGAGAGUUAUGAAGGUGGCGAGGCUAAAGGCAUAAUAGUAUCACGGAACGUAACCUUUUCUGAGCUUGUUGACCGCAUUUAUAAGAUCACGAAUGCAGAUCUCAACAAAUAUAGUCUUACACUAAAGUAUUCAAUUCCUCUAUCAUCAUCUGCCAAUAAGCACCUAAAGGUUGAAGACAAUGAUGACGUUCAAUAUUUUCUAAAGAAUGAAGAGGAAGCGUACUCUGCACCAAACGUGCAUCCUCAUCGAGAAAGCAAUUUCCAAGCCUCCAUGGUGCAGGUUACACAAGUGCAAUCUGAAAAUCUGCAACAAUCAAGUUGGACUCAAAUGCAUACAAGCCUGAUUCAUUUGGUGCAUGGUAAGAGUGUGGAAGAUAUUGAUUAUGGUGGAGGUAUUUCUUGCAUAAAUUGGGAAGCAAAUUUUAAGGUUGGACGAGUUUUUCCAAAUAAGAUUGCCCUUAUAAAAACCUUAUGUUUAGCAGCAGUCAGAGGCCACUUUCGAUUUAAAACAGUCCAAUCUGGGAAACAUAGGUUGUGUGUUCGUUGUUGGCAACUUCCUUGCCCUUGGCGACUUCGGGCAUAUAAAGUUGGAUUACAUGAGUUUAGGGUUGUUAAAUACGAUCCAUUUCAUGAAUGUGAUCUAAGGUAUCUUAGUAGUCACCAUCCUCAAGCUAGUACGGGAUUGUUGUCUGACUCUGUGAAACGCAGAUUCAAGGAUUCUCGCACCAUUUAUACUGCAGGUGAUAUCAUCAAAGAUGUGCGACAAAAUUUUGGUGUGACCAUAAGCUACUCUAAAGCUUGGAAAAGCCGAGAGUUAGCUUUAAAGAUAAUUAGAGGGUCUGCAGAAGAAUCAUAUGCUCUUCUCCCUUCCUAUUGUUAUGAAUUGGAGCGUACAAAUCCUAGAACUUUGACAUACAUUGAGAUUGAUGCAGCCAACCACUUUUUAUAUAUUUUUUUAUGUCAAUUGUUCCCUUCCUAUUGUUAUGUAUUGGAGCGUACAAAUCCUGGAACUUUGACAUACAUUGAGACUGAUGCAGCCAACCACUUUUUAUAUUUUUUUAUGUCAGUUGGUGCAUGCAUAAGAGGAUUUAAGUGCUCAAUGCGUCCUGUGAUUGCUGUUGAUGCUACCCAUUUGAAGUGCAAGUACAAAGGUGUUUUGUUUGUUGCCACCGCAUUUGAUGGAAAUCGUAAUAUAUAUCCUCUUGCCUUUGGGAUUGGAGAUUUAGAGACGGAUGCGGCUUGGGAGUGGUUUUUCACAAAACUACAUUGUGCAAUUGGUGAUUGCUCGAAUCUUGUUGUCAUAUCUGAUCGAAAUCUUAGCAUAGAAAAUGGGUUGAAAGGAGUUUUUCCUGAGGCAGCACAUGGUGUUUGCUUUUAUCACUUGAAGGGCAAUAUGAAAGCCUCAUUUAAGUUGAAGAAGCGGGAUCCGAUAUUGGGGUUUUUUGUGCGGGCGGCUAAGUCUUACCGUCUAGCAGAGUUCAAUCGUUAUUUCUCCAUGAUAAACAACGAGCGAGUGCAAACUUAUCUAGUACGUGCAGGGCUCCAUAAGUGGUCUCGAGCCCAUUGUGAUGGACGACGAUAUAAUGUCAUGACAACUAAUAUUGCAGAGUCCAUUAAUUCAGUUCUUCGUUUUGCAAGGAUGCUUCCGGUGGUACACUUGAUCGAGGAAAUUAGGAAUAUGCUUCAGAAUUGGUUUAGUCAACGUCGAGAUUUGUCAAUGAAAUGUAAAUCUAUGUUGUGCCCUGAUUUAGGUGAAAAGAAGUUGAGGAAGAGAUUAGACGCUGCUUCGAGGAUGAAUGUGGUUAAAAUCAAUGAUAUGGAGUAUAAUGUGCUUGAUGGUGAUAUGAACGGUCUCGUGCACUUGCAAAACUAUAGUUGUACGUGUAGGAAGUUUGACUUAGAGCAACUCCCGUGCAAGCAUGCUAUUGCGGUAUGUCGGCACUUGAAAUUGAACCCAUACUCAUUUGCCUCUUUAUAUUACACUCAAGCUACAUGGGCAGCUGCAUAUGCUGAAUCCAUUUAUCCUGUACCACCUCAAGGGACAUGGGUUAUUCCCGAAAAUGUCCAAAAUGUAAAUCUCCUCCCUCCUAUUUCAAAGACACGUAAAGCAAGUGGCCAGGUGGCUAGAAAUUUAAAUUGA